UGCCCCAUCGUUGGUGUCAGUGAGGGGAGGAAUAGUGCCCAUCGUUGGUGUCAGUGGGGGAGGAAUAGUGCCCCAUCGUUGGUGUCAGUGAGGGGAGGAAUACUGUCUCAUCGUUGGUGUCAGUGGGGGGGAGGAAUAGUGCCCCAUCGUUGGUGUCAGUGAGGGGAGGAAUAGUGCCCCAUCGUUGGUGUCAGUGAGGGGAGGAAUAGUGCCCCAUCGUUGGUGUCAGUGGGGGGAGGAAUAGUGCCCCAUCGUUGGGGUCAGCAAGUAUCAGUGGGAGGAAUAGUGCCCCAUCAU